CUGGGAUAUUGGGAGUAAACAUCAACCGCGAGAAGAGUACCUAAGCAUAGUGUUGAUAGUUGCCUGUUGGCAUGAACCCGGCCUAUAAGUAAGUAGACCGGUCACCACUGCUGUUGCCCCUUUGUUCCUCCUUCACCUCAACUCGCCAUCCAUCCGGUCACUGUUCUCACUUCACGCUAGACUUCCUGGAUCUUUCACACCCAAGAUGAAGGCCUCAGUGCUCUCCAAGCUGGCUAUUGCCACCGCGUCUUUUUUUGCAACCGCCACAAGCAUUCCGUUGGUCUCUGAGAAACGCGAAUUCAACCUCUGCGGCCACUCUAGCUUCAUCGAUGACACCUCAGGUGGCUCUCCUCUCGCCUCGGACUGUGAGCAGCUGUGGCGGAACAACAACCGGUAUCCGUUCCACAAGCUGACCCUGGGGCAAGAGCGGCCGCUGGGGACAUGGGGUACGUGUACCUUUAGCGCCGUAGCCAUCGUCACCCCGGGCCUGGAUGGUAUCUGGUGGACCAACAUAGGCGAUGAGGAUAUCACCGAUCUGGUCCGCGACUCCAUCAGCAAAUUCACCCGCGAUGGCAGGGUUGGCGCCAAAGGAAGAGCCGACUGCUAUGAGGACACUGUCAUUGACUGGAGGAUUCACCACACCUAGCCGGCAGGGCCACCAACAUGAACUACGGGGGAGUGACUCCUUUUGGCUAUUCCUAUGAUUCAAA